ACAGUGACAGUUCGUUAGAUAAACGUCAUUUUUUUAUGUUUUGUACUUGUACUAAAACUAAAAAUUCCGAAGUUGUACUUUUGGCAAUAGGGCUUUUCAUCGAUUGUCAUUUGUUUCGAGCUUCUGUCAUGUGUCACAUAAUAUUAAUAUAUCUACGACAUACUUUAUUGGUAUAUAACAAUAAUACAAACCAAAGACGUAUGACGUAGAUAUAUUAAUAUUAUGUGACACAUGACAGAAGCUCGAAUCAAAUGACUGUGAAUGAAAAGCCCUAUUUGCAAUUUGGUUUUGGCUUUGGCAGUUGUUAGUUGUUGUAAACAAAUGGAAAUGAAAGUAAAACAAGAAAUUAGCGAGGACCCGUGUAAAGUAGAAAUAGAGAAUAAUGAGUUGGCUGAUGCUCUUUUGGAAGGCUUUAAAUGUGAAAUUAAGCAGGAAUCCAAUAAGCAACUUUCACGUGACUCCUAUGAUUAUUUAGACUUAAAGGAACAUUCAAUAAAGACUGAAAUAGAACAACAUGCAAGUAAACUUAACCCAUUUGAAGAAAACCAAAAAACUGAAAAAGUUUGGAAGUAUUCGAUUGACUGUCGGAAGAGAAGCACGUGAAUGUGACUCUGUUCUGUAGUGAAACGAAAUCAGUAUAAAAGCGGUUAUCUCCAAGAUGAGCACAAAAUGGAAAUUACGGAGACACUAAUUGAGGAUUCAUCGUACGAAGGAAAUUAUAUGACUCAACACGGUGAAGGGAAAACAUUAAAUCAAAAUAUGAAAGUUUCGACUGGACAAAGACUGUACUGUGAAACUUGUUUAAAACAGUUUCCUACUCAAAGUCAGUUUAAAAGACAUACGAGAUUACAUACUGGGGAAAAACCUUACAAGUGCGACGUUUGUUUUAAGCAGUUUAGCCAAGCAGGUCAUUUGAAAACACAUUUGAGAAUCCAUACUGGAAAACGUCCCUUCAAGUGCGAAAUUUGUUUUAAACAGUUUAGCCAAAAAAGUAAUUUGAAAAAACAUUUGAGAGUGCACACUGGGGAUAAACCUUACAAGUGUGAAAUUUGUUUUAAGUCAUUUGGUGAAGCAAGGUAUUUGAAAAUACAUUUGAGAGUGCACACUGGGGAACAACCUUACAAGUGUGGCAUUUGUUUUAAGCAGUUUUCUCAGGCAGGUUCUUUGAAAAUACAUAUGAGAGUACAUACUAGGGAAAAACCUUACCAGUGCAAAAUUUGUUUAAAACAGUGUACUACAGCAGGUAAUUUAAAACUGCAUUCUGUAAUGCAUAGUAGAGAAAGACCUCACACGUGUGAAAUUUGUUUUAAGAAGUUUUCUCGUGAAUAUUACUUGAAAAUGCAUUUUAGAGUACACAACGGGGAUAAAUCUUCCAAGUGUGAAACAUGUUUAAAACAGUGUACUAGUGCAAGCCAUUUGAAAACACAUUUGAGAAUGCACACUGGGGAAAAACCUAACAAGUAUGAAAUAUGUUUUAAGCCGACUAGUACAGCAGGUGAUUUGAAAAAACAUUUGAGAGUGCACACUGGGGAAGAACCUUACAAGUGUGAAACUUGUUUAAAACAGUUUCCUACUGCAAGUCAUCUGGAAAUACAUUUGAGAGUACACACUGGGGAAAAACCUUACAAGUGUGAAACUUGUUUAAAACAGUUUCCUACUGCAAGUCAUUUGAAAAUACAUUUGAGAAUCCAUACUGGAGAAAAACCUUAUAAGUGUGAAAUUUGUUUUAAGCAAUUUAUUCGACCAAAUCAUUUGAAAGAACAUUUGAACGUGCACUUUGGGGAAAAAUGCACCAAGUGUGCAAUUUGUUUUAUGCAGUUUAGUAGUGCAAGUGUGUUGAAAACACAUUUGAUGGUACACGUUGAUAGUGCAAACAAAAACGUUGUGUCAUAAAAACCAGUUUUGCAGCAAACUAAAAAAAAUAUAUAAAUCUAUUAAUUUUAGAAAUAAAAGGCAGAUAUCGAA